UAGUACUACUUUUGCGCUGCGUAUCUCCAAAUUUUCAGAUGAAUUGUAGACACCAAGGAAGUAUCAUCACUUUCCCUGCUCGCUUCUUCCUCAUCAUUCCUUGCAGGUUUUGGCGUUGUAGUGUUAGUUUCAAGAAUCGAGUAGCAAUGGAAGGCCAUGACCUCUCCAAUGUUUCAGUGGUGGAUAAUGUUCUCUCGCUCCAAAACAAAAUUGCUGCAAUUCGCAGGGCUGGUCCUUCCAAGCUACAGGUAAUUGCAGAUUUUGAUGGAACACUAACCAAGUACAUGGUGAAUGGCCGCCGCGGCCAAAGCAGUCAUAGCCUUUUGAGGCAGGGAAAUCCUGAGUUUGAUGCUAAGAGGAAGGCAUUGUACGAAUACUAUCAUCCUUUAGAAUUUUCCCCAACUAUUCCAAUCCAGGAGAAAACGAAGCUCAUGGAAGAAUGGUGGGGGAAAACUCAUAAUCUUCUUAUUGAGGGAGGCCUUACAUAUGAUGCAAUUGGGGAAUCUGUUGCUGAUUCUGCUAUUACUUUUAGGGAGGGUGUCGUUGAACUAUUUGAGUUUCUGGAGGAAAGGGACAUUCCUGUUCUUAUAUUUUCAGCAGGGCUUGCAGAUAUCAUAGAGGAGGUCUUGAGGCAGAAAGUUCACAGAUGUUUUAGAAAUGUCAAGAUUGUCUCUAAUCGUAUGAUAUUUGAUGAUGAUGGUCGACUCAUUUCAUUUAAAGGGAAGUUGAUUCAUAGUCUAAAUAAAAAUGAACAUGCUCUUGAUAUGGCUGCUCCUGUUCAUGAACAUCUUGGUGAUGUUGAUGGGGUAAUUGAUGACAAUGCCUCAGUGAAGAAAAGAACCAAUGUACUGCUUCUUGGUGAUCACCUGGGCGACUUGGGAAUGUCUGAUGGGUUGGAGUACGAGACUCGAAUUUCUGUGGGGUUCCUGAAUGACAACAUUGAGAACAAUCUUGCUAGCUACCGCAAAGCCUUUGAUGUUGUUUAUCUGAAUGAUGCGCCAGUGUGGGGUGUAGUCAAGCUUGCUUCUGAGCUGUGUUCAACUGUAUCUGCUUGAGUUCCUUGUCAAUAAAUGGUAAAAAUUUUCAGCAAGUCUCCAGCUUUGGUCAAGUAAAAUCAUGAGCUGCACAGAUAACCUGAUCUUUCUCCUGGAAGUGCAUGCAUUCCACAGAAUUCACAGCAAAUAAUUCUCAUAUCUUAAGGUCGAGCAAUGGCAGUGGAUUGUGCUCAUUGUUUUAUUGAAAUAUCCAAGAUAAUGUAUAUGUAGUCCUUUUUUUUUUUUUUUUUUGUCAAUAGAUAAUAUAUAUGUAGUUCAUUUAAGCCUGCAGAAAUUAGAUUAUGGUAUAUGGUAAUGUAUGUUAUAGACCUAUUUAUUAAA